AUGGCGUACCGACUCGAGUAUAGCCCGUCAAACAGGGCCGGCUGCAAGGGGCCCAAGCCUUGUGGUGGGACCAAGAUCGAAAAAGGCCAGUUACGCGUUGGAACUGUGGUUGAGUUCCAAGGCAACAGCACCUUUGCUUGGCGUCAUUGGGGAUGCGUGACCGAAAGGCAAUUCGAGAACAUGAAGAAAAAUCUGGAAGAGCCCGAAGAACUCGAUGGAUUCGAGGACAUGAGGGAAGAAGAUCAGGAGAAGAUCCGCAAGGCGUGGCGAGAAGGUCACGUGGACCCAGAUGAUGUGCCUGAGAGCGCGCGCAAGUCGCCCGAAGAAGAGAAAGCGGAUGGGGAAGACGGAGGCGGAAAGACGAAGAAAAAUUCGGGGAUGAAGAAGCGAGCGCCGAAGAAAGCAAAGAAGGAUGAAGUUGGCGCCGAGGAUGCUGCAGAGCCGAGUUCAAGCAAUCCAGCGAAAAAGGGCAGUACGAAGAGGGCUCCAGCAAAGAAAGCUGCUACGUCCAAACCGAAUCCAAAGGGUGGAAAGAAAUCAAAGAAGGAGGAGAGUGAGGAAGAAGAUACAGCCAUGUCCGAAUGUGAUGAAGAGGAGGAAGCCGAGUUUUCGAACGAUGGGUCCGAUCCAAGUCCCAAGAACAAAAGGGGCAAGGUAAAAGGUGGUCGAAAAUCGAAAUGGGAAGUCUCAGAUGACGAGGAUGGUGACAAUGGCAGCACAUCCGAUGAGGAGGUCAUGCCACAAAAGAAGCAGCGGGGUGCACCCAAGGCGAAGGCCGCCAGCCCAAAGAAGUCGCCUGCCAAGCCGUCGCCCGCCAAGGGGAGAAAGCGAAAGGCCAAGGCUGAGCCGAAAGACGAGGACUCCGAGCUCAGCGAUGAGUAG